UUCCACUUGUCAAAAAUUUUUUUUGGUCAAUAAUGCAUCGGUUUAUCAAAAUUUUUAUGUGUUUCUUUAUCAAUUAAAUGGAAAUGGGUUUUACAACAAUCAUUUUUAGUCGUUCACAAUAACAAGUUAGAAAUUUUAAUUUCCAACCAUGGCCGACGAACCUGACGCGGAAGAGGAUGUUUAUGAUGUAGAGGAAACUGACGAUCUUGGGGCUGAUGAAGAAACAGAGCCAACAACUCCUACACCGCCACCUAGGCCACCAAAACAACCGGUUUAUGGGACUCCAACUCCUAUGGGCUAUAAUCAACCACCCCCGGGAGCCUAUAUUCAACAACCACUUCCACAGGGAUAUGGCCAACAACCUCAAAUAUAUGUUCAACCAACUUCUUAUAAUACAUCUACUGUUGUGAACUCACCAAAAUCCCGCCCACGUUAUGUUAAUAAGUCUGUGGAGACUGAAGGAAUUGAAGACGAUGAUAGCAGUAAGGGAUCUAUGAUUUCAGCAUGGAAUUCAAUGCCACGAACUUCGGUCGAUGGUUCAUUAGUUCAUUUGCAUCCAGUUCGUAAUGGAUUUCUAGUAAAGUUUUAUCCAAUUGCUACGUUACAAGGACGCGUUUCAUACUUCUUAAUGUCCAUUUACGUUAUCAAUCAAGCUGUAUAUGACAGUUGGUUUGGUGGAACAGUUCUUUAUCCAUAUUUAUUCGCAAACAUGGUUUAUGGAUAUACUUUCAUUUUAUGUACACGAGUUCACUUUUUAACGAUGGCAGUUCCACCCAGAUUAAUAUGGAGCUUUUUAGGAUCGCUGAUGUUCAGUUUUGCGUCAUGUAUUACAUUCCAAUGGAUUGCUGACAAUUGGGGUGGAAAAUCACCGUAUCCACGUGUAUUGAUUGCAACCAUUUUAAGUGUUUUGUAUGGACGAAUGUACGCAGGCGCAUUGCUAUCAUAUCUCAACUAUGUUGAUAAGAAAAUGUUAUCUUUGAUUCGACGAAUUUAUGGGCCUUAUAUAUUCGAUAUUUGAGAAUAUAAUUAUUUCUAGUAAAUAUUUUUUUUUGUACUAAUUUAAUUGCGGGAAAUACUUAUCUAUGAGCCAUACUUGGAUCAUAUACGGGGUGCUUUUCUUAGUUGACAUAUG